GCGAUGGCGAUUGUCGCGCUCAAACGCCUAUCGACGGGACUCGCCUCCGGACUUGGAGGCAUCCUCGUUAACGGCGUUCUUUUCCCCAUAGAUUUCUUCCUCUUCCUCUUCAACCUCCUCACGCCCGACCACAAGGCCGGCCGCCUUAUCCCAGAGGGCCACCCGGGCUUCGGCGGCAAGUGGCCGGAGUACAGUCCCCCGCAAGAGGGCGACAGCCGGUGUUCGUGCCCCGCGCUCAACGCGAUGGCCAACCACGGUAUCCUACCACGAUCUGGACGGAACAUCACGUUCCGAGACCUUUCGCGACUGGUACAGGAGACGUACAACUUCGCGCCCACCUUCUGCUUCUUCGUGCCCAACUACGCGGCGAACAUGCUCAAUCGCAGCUACUGGAAGGACUCGUUCGACCUCUCUGACAUCGAUGCACACAAUUGCAUCGAGCAUGAUGCGUCCCUCAUGCGCGUGGAUGCAGCGGAGGACCCGGACCAGGGCAAGAUCGCGCACGGCCUCGUCGAGCGCGUUCUCGCUGCGGGCACCGGCAAGAACGGCAACCUCACCAAGAAGGACCUCUCGCGCCUGCUCGGCCAGCGCCGCGUCGAGGCGAAGAGGAACAACCCCAAGUUCAGCCUCGCGUUCAUCCACCGCAUCUUCGGUGCAUCCAACGCGUCAACGCUGCUGACAAUCUUCGGCGGGCGGAUCGAGGACCUCCGGCCGUUCCUGCGGGAGGAACGCCUGCCCGACGGAUGGGAGCCGCGCGUGCGCCACCGGAUGGGGCUGACGAUGCUCGAGUUCAACCUAACCGUCACCCCUGUCGAGCUCGGCAUCAAAGAAGAGGUCGACGGCGAGCUUCAGGCGGCAGGCCGGGAGCGCUAUUCGCAGUCCGUCGCCGAGGGCAAGAAAAAGGCGUGAGGAUGUCAUCGCUGUCGCCGAGCCGGAGUCGAUGAGGGGUAAUGGCGUCGGCCAGUACCGUGCACCU